UUAACGAUACUGAUCUAUUAAGAAGACGUGUUAAGAGAUCCGUGUCAAGCUUCAUUAUCGGGGAAGCCGUUUACAUCCAAUCUCAUAAAUACACAUAAAACCUCAAGUGUUCAUAGUCGAUAACUUUGCUGCCUACAUGUAGAGAUCGUAUAUACACGAUUUAUCUGGCCAAUACCUCCUACGAUAUUUUCAACACGUUAACAACUUGGAUCGGUGUUCGUAACUAAAAAACGCGACAAUGUUCGAAAUAGAGUGGUCAGCAUGUCCGUUGAAUCAAGGAUUACUUCGUGUUCCACACUCAGAAGAGGUGACGGAACACCCUCUAAACCCAAUCACAGUCACCAUGACAGAUGGUCGAGGAGGGUUCAGACGUGGAACCAUACGAAGCUCGAGUACAGGAUCUUCAACCGGAACACCAACUCCAACCCACGCUCCUGUGCCAGUAACAAACUUGUUUUCAGAUCAGCUACUUAAUCAUUCUUCAUUCGAUGGUUCUGAUCCGCUAUCACAAUUUGCCAGACAGGAUUUGGACCCAUUGUCUAAAAUGGCCGCCGACGAAUGGGAUUAUUCCGCUAACGUUACAUCUGUAGGCAAAAAAUCUAAAGUUGUCGCCGACGAUUUGGCUGAACCUUGGCAAGCUCGACGAGCAGCUAUCCUAACAAAGUAUACGACAUCUGAAAAGUUGUCUAUAGUGACCAGCUUCUUACCGGGUGGAGAAAAAGUCAUUGUCAAAGUGCAACCUAGUGGUACUAUGGUCGAUAAAGUCAGAACUAGGCUUGAGCAGCUGGAUGAUUUCGAGGAGGGAUCUGUUAGACAAAUGCUGGAUUUAACACAACAGGAAUAUGCAGCACGCAUCGAGCUGCUGAACAAUGAACUUGUGCAGGCUUGGCACUCGGACCAAAGAGUGAAAGCAUUGAAAAUCGCAAUUCAGUGUGCAAAACUGCUUGGCGAUACAGCAGCUAUGGCUUUCUAUCCUAGUAAAUUCGUUCUGAUCACAGAUAUUCUUGACAUUUUUGGUAAACUUGUCUACGAAAGGCUCAAGAUGAAAGCUGAGUAUUACAAACCAGGAAGCAAAGUCGUCACUUGUUUACCGGAUAACUUUACCCCUGAAAUGGUGCCCGAAAGUGCUAAAGAAACUUGUCGUAAUUGGUUUUACAAAAUAGCAUCUAUUAGAGAACUUGUACCGCGCCUUUACGUUGAAAUGGCUAUAAUAAAAUCGUACAGUUAUUUAACUUCGAGCGAAUUCAGCACUGCCUUGUUACGCAUAACACGUAUGAUUAGAGGGAUCGGAAAUCCUCUUAUAGCAGUUUACGCAAGAUGUUAUCUCUGCCGCGUUGGUUUGGCUCUCAACCAAUCCACAGAUCUUGGAUUUGUAAAAGAGAAUUUUUACGACUUUCUGUCAACGUAUGGACAGUUAUUCAGCCAAACGAUAAAGGCCGAUUUAAAUAAACAGAAUAUACCGACGUCCUCUUAUCUCAACUUGUACACUCCGGCGUUAGACUGGAUUUUACAAGUGAUGGCCUCAUCAGCUCCUGAGAGUCUUUUGAUAGAGAUACUUGCACGAUGUAAGCAGGAAUCGAACAGCGGGCUACUCUUAAAUACAAUACUGUCUGCGUUCAAGUCGACUUACAUAGCCAGCCGUCCGAUGGAAUUUGUUAAUUUGAUCAUGUCCUGCAAUGAGGAAGGAUUUCCCCAACAUCUUUUGUAUCGAAGGCUCGGGCAGUGCUUGAUACAGGAGUCACUUCCAAAGGAAGAUUGCAAGCCAGUUCUUAAUGCCGUUUGGCAGUAUGUAGCGAACCUGAAAGAUCCCGUUAAAUUUAUGCAAUGUGCGGAAAUCUGGAUUCAAUUUACAGUUAUCUAUUUUUCCGUAACAGAAGUAAACUUUAUUUUGGGAGAAAUUAUUAGCCACUUGAUUCCCAAUCGAGCAUUUGAGCAACACUAUUCCCAAAUGCAAACUAUCGUUGAUAAAGUAGUCGCUCAUACUCAGGACUACGAAUCGUUACUAACUAUGGAAAACUUCCUUCCACUUAUUGAUCUUUUCCACAAAGAAAGCAUUAAAGUUGACGUCUGCAAAACCAUCAUUGAUGGACUCAGUUCUCAACCUGGGCUAAUAAAUGAUCCAAUUGUCAUCAAUGCCCUUAUGUUCAUUGCUCGAAUAAUUCACGACUCUGUCAGUGCGCUGACGGUUGAUGAUGAGAAAAGACAAAUCGGGAAUUUAAUAUGUGGGCUUGUGCAGCGAAUAGAUUAUGGUAGAGAUUUCGAAAAACAGCUGAGCUUUUAUGCCGAAGCAAGAGCCGCGUUUCCAAAUCUUGAUUCUGUUCACAUUCAACUCGUCCAGUGUGUGAACAGACUCUCUGUUGACACAAGAAAAAUAGUUCGUGGCCAUCACACAAGACGGACUUCUGCAUUUGUUAGAGCUUGCGCAGCAUUCUGUUUUAUCACUAUACCAUCUUUAACUCUGGUACAUACGCGACUUCAGUUAUAUCUUUUGUCGGGUCAAGUUGCUCUUCUGAAUCAGUGUCUGGGCCAAGCCGAUGCUUGUUUCAAAGCAGCCCUUAGUUUAGUACCAGAGAUGCCAAAAACUAUUGAACUCGAUGGAAGACAGAAGAGUUCUGAACCAUAUCUGUUGUCGUACUUGUCUAGUUUCUUAUCCACGCUGUUAGUUGUUCCGGACAGUCCAGAACACGGAGUAUUGUAUUUAAUGCGAGGGCUUCUCAAUGCCGUCCAACGCUGUUUCGAAGCUAAUUCUUCCAGUAAAUCGUACCUGUAUCUACGAGUUCUUGACCUUUUAUCUACCGUGACACAGGAGAAUUACCCCUAUCACGUUGAUAAGGUUGAAUCUAAUGACACUCUGUACGGUUCUGAUAAAAAAUUCAUCAACGAAGUAGACAAAAUAAGCUCCAAAGUCUUUGAAGAAAUAUUGAAUCAUUUAAAGUAUCUUGGCUCUAGCGAUCAACAUGGAAAGCAAUCGGUACUUGCACUAGAGUUAUUCUGUCGCUUAAUAAUGCGAGCAGAUUUGAGGCAGCCUCCGUUAGCAACGAUUGCUAUCAAUUUGUGGAAAUUAUCUCAAAGACAUGGCUCAGCUGAUCCUAAAUUGUCGGUACAAACGAUAGAAUACAUGAAGAACAGAAGUCAACUUGUAGUAUUUGAUCAUUUCCCAGAAUUGCUUAAAAAAAUGUUGAACACCUAGUCGAAUUCGCCUGUGAAAACUUGUACCAGUGUAUAUGAAAGGCUUAUGUUUUUCAAUAUACUGCACGUGAGAUGCAGGAUUGCCGGAAAAUACAUAGGUAAGGGUGAAAUCUACGAUUAAUUCUAUGAAAUAAUCGAGUGAGUUGCAUUAUGCGUAUAAUAAAUUCACAAGUGAAUGUGA